UUUCAUGAAAGCUUGGUUAAAAGACCCUCCUGGGCCUCCGUAGUUACAGCUUUCAGCUCAGCAAAUGAGCAAAGAAUUACAUUCAUUAAAAGAAGGAUAGGCUCCAGCAACCCCCAGGUUCAGAAAAUAAAAGGAUCAACAAAAGCCAAAAGCUAAUGAUUAGCUAUUAGCUUUGAAAGAGGAGGAACCAGAGAGUGACGUCAGUCUCCACGGCAACCGCAGUGUGAUUUGGUGACAUUGAGCAGCGGCCAUGGAGAACCGGAAAGUUCAGACCAGCGACUUUUACCGGACGGAUCCGGACCUGCCACGGAGGUUCAACGACCCCGACUGUUUCCAUGGUUACGGCUGUGAGGAUGGAGAGAAAGACGAGAAAAAAGAAAAAGAAUCAGGACAGAAGGAGGAAAGAAACAGGCUGGUCUGAUGGUGGAGAUUCAGGGCAAAGCCAGUUCAGACCAAGAUUUAGUGGAGAAGAACACAGAAGAGGUGAAGGAGACAGACGUGAGGUUGGUGAUGCAUCUGAUAGAAAAGAGAGCAGAGAUGACUUCAGAGUGAAGCCGACUCAUCCGUUAUACCGAACAUCCAACCAAACCUACGGCAGCAACAAACCAACAGUGCAUGAAAUGCCGAUGCAGUACAGGGGGAAAUGUCAUCAGUUUUCAGAGGCCAUGUUGCAUCAUGGGAUGUAUCGCGAUAACUCGUUCAAUACUAACACCGCGAGGAGCAGAGUGACGGUCACCACGGAGACCCAACACAGGAGGGCCGACAUCCAUUAUCUCUGUCAGCGUGGAAAAGAAAGUAGUCAUGAAAGCAGCAGCAAACAAACACAUGUGAGCAGUGAUGGUUGAUGUUGUUCUAGAGCAGCGGUGGGCAAACGUUUGGACCUCACAUGGUUCUAUCACCUCAAUAACUUUCUACAGCUAAGCAAGAGGAAGCAGGAAUCCAUUUGAGCCGUAAAAAAUAAAAAGCAUUGAAUGAAAGAAA